UGUUGUGAAGAAAUGAACAAGCAGGUACCUUGCACACCUUGCAAAGAUAAAAAAUUUAAAGCUCGACGUAAAAAGCGGUUCUUCACGCAGGAAGAAGAACAACAACGAAGAAAUGUCAUGCAGUUGAUACAACUAAAGACUGCAAGGAAGGCGACUAGUUGUGUUGUCUUGUCUGAUGAAGACAACAUUUCCAGAACUGAUAGCAACUUCCGUAACACUACGGAAACAGAGCACAGUAACUUGGUUUUACUCGACAACGCGGAGUCCUUAGACUCGAAGGUUGCUGUUGCUAGUCCAGAGAGUACGAAGCCAUUCGUCAUUGAUUCGCCUAUGUCUUUGGAGAAGAAGCCUACAAAUUUGAAAAAUCAAGACCAGGAAGAGACUGUUAUACCAGCUUCCAACAAAGAAAACAAAGAGUUGAAAACCUUAGCUAGAAGGCUUUCUUUCUUGUCUCCGUUUCGAAACUUUCCUUCCGAGAAUACCGAGGACAAGGACUUGAUGUAUGAUCAAACUUCUUUCAACGAAUCUUACUGUUUCCAUUUCUUAGAGGAUAAGAGAAUGAAAAGUUUUGCAUCGUCAUUUGAUGCAUCCACUUCAUCUUAUCUUGAUGCUUCUGUAGACAACUCCAUGCGCCUCAUUCCAAUGUUGUAUCGCACUUUUAAUCCUUUUAUAAGUCUUGUCGAUGGAGAAGGUUCUGAUGAAAGUUGUUGUGGGUUGGAUGAAGGGGCUCAGAAACAACGUUCUUCUUCUGUUGUUAUUGAUGAAACGCAACAAUUUUUAUCUUUUGGUACACUUGAAAAUGGACAAUGUUCUAGUUUUGAUGGUAACCCUAAAAGACUUCAGCAGGUUUUACAGCUUUCGAGAUAUACUCGAGAUUUCGAAGAACUAGGUGUGCUUGGCUCUGGCUCCUUUGGCAAAGUAUAUAAAUGUCGUGCAAGACUGGACGGUUGUCUUUAUGCUAUAAAAUUAAUCUCUCGAAAGUAUGCCAGUCUUUGUGAAAGGAACAGAGCUAUAAAAGAGAUUCAUGCAUUAGCAGCAUUUAGUAAAUGUCCAAGCUUUGUGAGGUAUUAUACCUCAUGGGAGGAAGAUAACAUGUUGUAUAUUCAAAUGGAGUAUUGCCAACACGGAUCGGUCAUGUCUCUUUGGAAAGAUGAGAAACUUAUAUUCAAGACAGCAGAACUGGUCAAUUUUCUUCAGCAAGUAUUGCAAGGACUUUGUUACCUACAUGAUAGACAAGUCGUUCAUUUGGAUAUCAAACCUGAAAAUAUAUAUCUAACACACGAUGGAUUGUAUAAGAUUGGAGACUUGGGUUUAGUAACUUGUGUACCAGAUGAAAAACAAGAAUGUUCUAACAUUGGCAAGGAUGUUUUUGAAGGUGACUCGCGAUAUCUCUCAUUAGAGUUACUUCAAGAAGAUUACAAAGAUUUGAAAAAGGCGGACAUCUUUUCACUGGGUCUCUCUGCCUAUGAACUAGCCAGAACAGCCAACAAGCCUUUGCCAAGUACAGGUGAAGCAUGGCAUAAGAUAAGGUCUAGUCAGUUGGAGCCUUUGACGACUAUUUCUCCCAGUCUCUUUGAAUUGCUUCAGUGGAUGACUAGAAAAGACCCUGAACAACGCCCAUGUGCCAGGGCAGCACUUGUCUAUUUGGAAAAGAUUUCAGCAAAGGAAUUGUAUGAACAUUGAGACUUUAGAGUUGAUCGAUCACUUGUAAUUCAUGUAUAGAAUAAAUUCUUGGGACUAUGCUCAGAGAAUUCUUGAGAGUUACCAAACCGUUUCAUCAUAAUUAAGAACCUUGACAACGAAUAGAUUUCUCUGAUAAUUCAAUCGUUCAUGUU